GUUUCAGGAGGAGGAAAAAGUGGGGGGAACAAGGCGACCUAAGGGGCUGUGCGGAGCGGGCCGGCGGAGCCCGCUUCUCCCCCUCCCUGCCGGUCAAUCGUUCCCGGGGAGGCAGGAGAAGAGCAGCCCCGGCUGCGCCUCAAUCACCGCUUCUCGGCGGGACAGCUGGGCCGAGCCGAGCCGAGCCCCGCCGGGCCACAAAACACCUGUUUAAUUUGCCGGCGGGGAGCGCGGAGCGGCGGGGCUCGGUGUUAGCGUGUUUGGAGGGUGAUGAUGCCCCAGUAAUUCUCCCCUCUCCGUCCCCCGGCAUCGCUUCGCUUUCCUUCCAGGGAAGAUCGUUCCGCCUGUGAUCCUGCUGAGGAAAGAGACUCCGAUGGACUUACACCGGGCAGCGUUCAAGAUGGAGAACUCACCCUAUCUCCCCAACCCGCUGGCCUCCCCAGCGCUGAUGGUUCUCGCCUCCACCGCUGAAGCCAGCCGUGAUGCUUCCAUUCCCUGCCAGCAGCCGAGGCCUUUUGGUGUCCCCGUGUCAGCAGACAAGGACGUGCAUAUUCCCUUUACCAAUGGCUCAUAUACUUUUGCCUCCAUGUAUCACCGGCAAGGCGCGGUGCCGGGAGCCUUCGCCAACCGUGAAUUUCCUCCCUCUUUGCUUCACCUCCACCCCCAGUUUGCACCCCCCAACCUGGACUGCACCCCGAUCAGCAUGUUGAAUCACAGUGGCGUUGGGGCUUUCCGCCCCUUUGCGUCUACCGAAGACCGGGAGAGCUACCAGUCAGCCUUUACCCCGGCCAAGCGCCUGAAAAACUGCCAUGACACUGACUCACCCCAUCUGCGCUUCUCGGACGCUGAUGGGAAGGAGUAUGAGUUUGGCACGCAGCUCCCCUCCAGCUCCCCCGGCUCACUCAAAGUUGACGAUACGGGGAAGAAGAUCUUUGCUGUUUCUGGCCUCAUUUCUGACCGGGAGACGUCGUCCAGUCCCGAAGACCGAAGUGACAGAUAUAGAAGCGACAACCAAGGAGGGCCCCAGGCGUCUGCAACUGCCACUCAUCGUAUGAUUUUAACUCUCCCCCUCUGCAAAAAGAAAACGACUUUGUUUGACAGCCAGGCUCCGAUCUGCCCCAUCUGCCAGGUCCUCCUUCGCCCCGGGGAGUUGCAAGAGCACAUGGAGCAGGAGCUGGAGAAGCUCACCCAACUGAACAUCAGCAAGAGCUCCAUCCUGAAGGAUGCCAUGGCAGCAGGUACCCCCAAGUCAAUUUUGUUGUCGGCCUCAAUCAAGCGGGAAGGAGAUUCUCCGACAGCAUCACCCCACUCCUCAGAUGACAUCCAUCACUCGGACAGAUACCAGACCUUCCUGCGGGUGCGAGCGAACCGGCAGACGCGGCUGAACGCUCGGAUUGGAAAAAUGAAACGGAGGAAGCAAGAUGAAGGGCAGGUAUGUCCCCUCUGCAGCCGGCCUCUGUCAGGAUCCGAGGAGGAGAUGAGUAGGCAUGUGGAACAAUGCCUUGCAAAGAGAGAAGGUUCAUGCAUGACUGAGGAUGACUCUGUGGACAUCGAGAACGAGAAUGGCAACCGCUUUGAAGAGUACGAGUGGUGCGGGCAGAAGAGGAUACGGGCCACUACUCUCCUGGAGGGAGGAUUUCGAGGUUCUGGGUUUAUCAUGUGCAGUGGCAAGGAGAAUCCAGACAGUGAUGCUGACCUCGAUGUGGAUGGGGAUGACACACUUGAAUAUGGGAAACCACAGUACACGGAGGCAGACGUUAUCCCUUGCACUGGGGAAGAGCCAGGCGAAGCCAAAGAGAGGGAGGCACUCCGAGGUGCUGUUUUAAAUGGUGGCACACCUAGUACCCGAAUAACACCGGAGUUUUCCAAGUGGGCCAGCGACGAAAUGCCCUCAACGAGUAAUGGUGAAAGCAGUAAACAGGAGACCAUGCAGAAGACCUGUAAGAACAGUGACAUUGAAAAAAUUACAGAAGACUCUGCAGUGACAACAUUUGAAGCGUUAAAGGCUCGUGUCCGUGAGUUAGAAAGGCAGCUUUCCCGUGGGGACCGCUAUAAAUGUCUCAUUUGCAUGGACUCCUACACAAUGCCCCUGACUUCCAUCCAGUGCUGGCAUGUGCACUGUGAAGAGUGCUGGCUGCGGACUCUGGGUGCCAAGAAGCUCUGUCCCCAGUGCAACACCAUCACGUCUCCCGGAGACCUUCGACGCAUCUAUUUAUGAAGGACCCAGCGGGAGGGCAGGACCCAGCUACUCGGCUCAGCUCAUCACACCAAGGGGGAGAAGAAUGACAGCAACAACAACGAGACAAAAAACAAAACAAGACAUUUUGAAAUGUAAAGAAUAAGAAAUAAACCAGAGACUCCACAGCCAUGGACUCGAGGACACAGGAGCAGCGGGGAGCCUGGGCUCCCGGGCCCCGCGUGCUGAGGUCUCCUUCAGCACCUGCAGCGGGCAAAAACCAAACCCUUUGUUGUGAAGCCCCCUUUUUUAAAACCAGUAUUCCCCAUGCACCGUUCCCUGGAGCUGGCUUUGCAUCGUGGACGGCUCGUUGAGCCUUCCUUUGGACUGUGCUCUUGACCACUCUGCCCCCAGGAGACUGGGGAAGGGACCCCUUGACAGAAAGAUGUUAAAUAACCCGUAACUUGUGUUCUUUGUUCAGUUGGUUUUGUUUGGGUUUCAUUUGCUUUCCAUUUGGGCUUCGGUUUGGUUCUGUUUUGGUUCUUUGUGGUGUUCUAGUGAUAAAAAAAAAAGAAAACAAACAAAAACAAACACACACCCACCCCCCCAGGCAGAAAUGAAGCACAUGUAAUAUAGAUUAUAUAUGUUUACAAUGUUGUGUAUAAAUGGGAUAGACUCAAACAUUACAUACUAAUAAGUUUCCCUUUGGUUUUGGGUUUGGUUUUUUGUUGUUUUGGGUUGUAUUUUUUUUAAAGAAGAUUAAAGAAAAACGAGCAGAGAACAUUAAACCCAUAUUUUUCUUGGUUCAGCAAAGUUUUGGCAUUAAAGUCAUUAGUUUAAAAAAAAAAACAAAGUAUAUAUAUACAUAUAUAUAAUAUAAAUGGUUUAAUGUUCUGUGGUGUAUAUUUCCUCAUUCAGAUAUGAAGUUAACAGCUUUUAGUAAUGGCUGUAGCGUUGCCCAUAACUUACAGAACUUAUGGGGAGUAGAGGAGGUGGAUUUUUGUCAUUAGUUGUAGCUAAUGGGGCUAUUUAUAAUAGAAUCGUUAUCCCUGGAAAGACACGGCUUUUAACUCCUCGCCAGGGGACGGGGCAGGGUGGGGGGAUCUGGCUCAGCGUCCCCUUUGCCUUUCCCAGCAGGGGAAGGGGCAAACGGUGCGGAGCUGGAGGGAGGCAUCGGGCCAGAGCGCUGCCCUCGCCACCUCCCGGCCACAGCCCCCUGCCCCGUGUUGCUUUCCAUCAGCCGCUGGGGAUGCUGGAGCUGCUCCUGCUGCCCGGCCAGGACGGUGGGCCCGGGGAGGGGUGGCCCUCAGGCCCCGCAGAGCCGGCCGUGCCCUGGCUGGCUCCCCCAGCUCCUGCAGCCUGCGUUCGGGCCACAGGCGCAGAGCCCGGCCGACCCUGGGGCUGCCCACGGGCCGUGCCCUGCAGAGCUGCUUCCAGCUGCAGCUCCUCACACGCAGCCCCUCGUGCUCGGGCCUGUCUCCCGUAUCCUCAGCCUUAACCAAAGCUGCCAUCUGGCCUGGUUGGUUUUUUGUUGUGUUUUUUGUUUUCAGGACCCAAGAUGCUGUUGUGUUUCCCGGGGCACAGGCCCCGUGUGCUGGCCGCCCACAGCCCUGCCCCGGGCAGCCGCCGCUGCCAGCUCCCCGAAGACGGAAGGCGGGGAGGUGGGGAAGCUCGUCUCCCCCUGCCCCUGCAGGGUCUUUCCAAGUAGAUCCCAUCUGGCAGCACAACGUGGCUGUAGCGGUUUGUCUGGAAACAGACACGGAGAGAGGUUUGGAGCUGGGCUGGAGAGGUGGUGGGGAGCCCGGGUGCCUGUGGGGUGAUGAUUCCACCACCACUUCUCUGCCCUGAACUUGAUGCUGUUUUGCUGAGAGCAGCUGCUGGCCUCAGCAUCUCCUUUCAGAAGGAUCCCACUGCACCCAAGAACAAAAAAAACCCCAAACCAGAUUGAAGGAGCUCUAUUUUAUAAGCAUCUUGGCAAAAGAUGACAAUUCUUAAUUGAGAGUUUCCUGGAUCUCCAAGCUCAUGGCAGCUUCUGAGACCAGAGAGCCACAGCCUCCUCUGCUCGGGGACAUAUCCCUGCCAAGCUUCUGGGGACCAGAGGAAGCUGAGGCAUCCCAGGAGGGUCCCACAGCAGGCAGCUGUUCCUGCUGGGUGACCCCCUGGCCAGCAGCACCCAGGCAGGGGCAGGGCAGGCACACACAACUUGGGUCUGAAUUUGCAAAGGGGAAUAAUCUGGGGCAUGGCUGGGCUGUGCUGUGCUGUGUGUAUCCCCCAGCCAGGGCUGCACUACCCCACUGCCAGCGCCGGGAUCUUGGAGAUGCAUUUGAAGAGGGUGCAGUGGGUGGGUUGGAGAGGCAGCUGGGCAGGGGGAGAGGACAGGACACUCCAGCAGCAGCACAGCUCUUCCUUGGGAAUAGGCCCCGGGAGGGAGCCAGGUUUUCUGGCAGCUGUUGUGGACCAGCCGUGUGCUCUAUGUAUUUACAUGUAAAACCAUAUGUAACUAGUCCUUGGUUCUUUGUUUUGGGGGUUACUUUUUGUUCUCUUUCUUUUUGGUUUAAUUGUAAAGCCAUCCCCUGUUUUCAACGGGGGGGCUGCAGGGCUGGGGAGAGAGGCAGCCCGGUUUCUAGCAGGCAUCCGCCGCCUCCCCUCUUCGGAAAUGAGUUUCAGUGUUUUUAAGAAGCAGCAGCAGCAGCAAAAGGAAAGAGUGGAAAUCUUGGAGUUACGUAUCUUUGCCCAAAGAAUCCCAGUUGCACAAAGCGCUAUUCCGGUGUGUCGAUGAUUGUGUGUCGGUGUAUAUUAUACAAAGAGGUACUUGUCGCUCCCGUUUGUAAACUACAUUUGACAUUAAUUAAACAAGUAUAAAUCUUC